CGGUAUAUAUCCUCUUCUUUCCUUUCUCCUCUGUUACCAUCCUUUCAAUAUUGCUGUUCACCUUCAAUCUCUCUAAUUUCAGUAACAGUUCUCAGAACAUUGACCUGUUAAUGUGUCUUUACGGUUCUGUCGUACGCGACCUCAGCCUUGUGUGACUUCACGUUGCCAAAGAAGGGCAGCACUUUAAUCAUAACAGAAAUCUUCACUGCCAGAGCGCCAUCAUGAGACUCAUCAAUUGUGAAACGGGAGAGCUUGAGUGGUUUGCGGUCCAGCCACCGCCAUAUUCAAUCCUGUCCCACACUUGGGAUGGCGAGACCGAAGUCACGUACCAAGAUUACAUGAACUUUCUCUCUGGGCGAGGCAAAGAGAGUCGAAAGAACUGGGCAAAAGUCGAGAGGUCGAUAGAGAUCACCUUGAACAGCAGUGAACGACUGAAAUAUAUCUGGAUUGACACAUGCUGCAUCGACAAGACCGAUACCCCGGAGUUGAGCGAAGCGAUCAAUUCCAUGUUCAAAUGGUAUGCGAGGGCCACUGUGUGCUACGCUCAAAUCGCAGAUUUCGAAUCCGACUUCUUAGCUGCGCCAAUGAUGUCCGUCUAUCAAAUCAAUAAUAGUAGGGCUCCGGGACAAGGGCAAAGUCACGAGAUGCCUCAAAUACACGCCAGUCCUCAACUGACGGACAUCGCGAAGAGGGAGCUGAGAGGUUGCCGCUGGUUUACCAGAGGAUGGACUUUGCAGGAAUUGAUAGCUCCACCAACAGUCGAAUUUUAUGACGUUCACUGGAUACAUUUCGGAAAUCGCAAUGAACUCGGAGAUCUUCUGACGAGUAUAACAAGCAUCGACAAAAAGAUCUUUGAGAACACCGGGACUACUCAUCGUGAACAGAAUGUUACAAGCAUGCUGAGCAGAAUGACAAUUGCCAAAAAGAUGUCCUGGGCAAAAAAUCGACAGACUGCUAGGACGGAAGAUAUAGCGUAUUCGCUUCUUGGAAUCUUCGGGGUGAACAUGGCCAUGACAUAUGGUGAGGAAAACAAAGCUUUCAUACGGUUACAGAAAGAGAUUAUGGCGCAGUACAACGAUUUAUCAAUCUUCGCCUGGGCUGCAAACCCGACAGCACAUGGAGUCGUCCCCGAGUUUCGUGGAAUUCUCGCUCACUCCCCCGCGGAGUUUGCAAACGCUGGUUAUUUCGAACCCUCGAGGAACGCCAUUGCCAAUCCAGAUUUCACAUUGACCAACAACGGCGUCAAAAUCAACGCACAGAUCCGCAAUAUCCCCAAUAGCAAGUAUCUCUUCCUCAGCUUGAAUUGUUACGACCAAGCCGACGGACCUCAUAAUAUUCAAGGCAUCACAUUGCAACUCAUCGGCUUCAACAAGUACAAACGUACCAACCCAUCCUGUCUGGCUAUCGAGCUGAACUCAUGGCCUCUCCAACCCAGAAAAGAAUUUUUCAUCUCAUCCGACGACACAGAUACCGAUACGGAGCAUCUCUCCAGAAGCGACAACCAGUCCUUCGUGUUCGAUUUGCAGGGGCUGGAGUUCUACGAGAAGAUGCGAGUUAGUCAUGACAUGGCUUGGGACGACAGCACGACUACAUUCAAUACACACGGCCUGUCGAGUUUUAAUGGCUGUGUCUGGUUCAGGACACGAGGAAGAGCCAGCGAGAAAGUAUCAGAGUGUCUCGUUGCCUGCGGAACCGCAACAUCCGCUCAAGAAGGGCCCUGGCUCUGCGUCGUGACACGAGAUCACGCAGUCUACAAAGCGGCCAUGGACCAGAACUGGGAGGCGAUGGGCUCGCUUGGCAGGAAAGCAGGAAGAACACCAUACACUGGUGAGGGAGCGAGCACGAUGAUGAGUGUUGAGAUCCCGUACGAUGGGAAAGAUAUUUACGAGCAGAAGAGUGGAUUGCGCAUCUCAGCUUUCAUGGUAAGGGAGACGGGAACGAAAUUCAGGAUUCGAGUCCAGGCGGAGCCCUUUGAUCAUGCCAGUGGAUGCGAUAAUUGCUUGAUUUGUUGUUGUGAUCCGAGAGCGGCGGAUUGUUCGGGUAACAAUGGAAGCUGUGUUAUUUUGUGAUGGGCGAAUUGAGGUCGAGGCCUGUAAUGAUUUGAAUCUUGAAAUUAUUUCAGGUUAUUGGAACGUGGAUGAAGGAUGUGCAGCAAUGCGACGAGAAACAUAAUACCAUAAUCAGGCGAAGGGUGUGUACAAAAGGAAUUGAAUCAAUUGCCAUUAUUUCUAUCCUGC